AUGGGGCUGUGCACCAAAAACAAAGCUCGCUCUCCCUCCCGCCGGGGGAAAGCUGUUGAGAUCGAGCCUGCUGGAGCAGCAGCAGCAGCAGCAGAGCCAGCAGCAGCAGCAGCAGCAGCAGCAAAGGAGCCGCUUCCAGAGGAAGAUGUGCAUGCAGCCCCAGAGUGUCAAGCGGACAAGCAGACAGUUGAGGGUGAGGACCCAGCCUCAUCGUCUCACCGACCUACGCUGGAAAUAGCAGCAACAGCAGCAGUAGCAGCAGAAGCAGCAGCAACAGCAGCAGCAGCAGCAGCAGCAGCAGCAGAUUCUGCUGUUGAUGGGCCCCCAACGAGAAGAGGAGUCGAUGAUGGAAUACACGGAAACAGCCCCCCAACACGCAACGACUCAGCUGCAACCUCUUGUGCGGGGAUGACGGACGCAGGGGCCCUCAGCAGAGCAGCAACGCUGCAGCAGCUGCAGCAGCAGCAGCAGCAGCAGCAGCAGGAGAAAGAGAAGGAAGAAGAAAGAAAGAAAGAAGGAGAGAAAGAUAGGGAAACAGAGAAAGAGAAAGAGCAGCAGCAGCAAACUGAAGCAGCAACAGCAGCAACAGCAGCAGCAGCAGCAGAACGAAAAGACACAGAACCAAUGCUAGCAAUAAAAGACGGAGAAGCAACACCACCACCACAAUCAUCAUCAUCAUCAUCAGCAGCAGCAGCAGCAGCAGCAGCAGCAGAAGGAAAAGAAGAAGAAGAUGCUGCUGCUGCUGCUGAUAUAACAAUGACGCUGCAGCGGACGUUUACUUCUCUCAAGGAGAGUCUAAGCCGCAGCUACAUGAGUCUACGUUCAGCAGCAAACAACAACAGCAGCAGCAGCAGCAGCAGCAGCAGCAGCAGCAGCAGCAGCAGCAGCAGCGAGGGUUUGUUUGCUGCUGAGGAGUGUUUAUGCGGUAUGUUUCCGUGUAUGUUGGGUGAUUGGUCUGAAGACGAAGCAGCAGCAGCAGCAGCAGCAGCAGGAGAACCACCAGCAGCAGCAGCAGCAGCAGCAGCAGCAGGAGAAGCAGGUGAGCUGCUGCUGCCGCCUAUGCAAAUAACAAUGAUUAUAAACACACCAGCAGGCCCCUACAUAAGAGCCAUACCCCCCGAGCUGCUUACUGAUGCUGUAGAUAUGGGCUUUAUAACAAAAGAAGAAAUAAAAAAACAACAACAAAGAUACAACGAAAAAUAUAAACAUAUUCAGACCCAGGCUUAUACACAUACUGAUCUUAGGGUCUAA